CGGUCACGUGGUGCGAGAAUCGAGCGAGGUCAGCCGAUUGGUGCACGGCUUCAGUAACAAACAAAAUAGUCUCGUGAGUGGCAACGUUCGUAAUGGCUGACAUGUAUUGUCGCUUGUGUUUAAGCCGGGAAAAUGUCCUGGACGUUUUCAGCAAGGAGUUAAUUAAUUCAGAGCAGUUGCGGACGUACAUUUGGUUAUGUUCGGGGGUCAACAUUUUGGCCACCGAUAAAAUAACAAAAUAUAUAUGCAACAGUUGCUGCCAAAUUUCGAUAAAAAUCUUCCAAUUUAGAAAGAACGCUAUGGCCAACGAUAUAGCGUUAAAGAACUUAUUGCAUCAAUCACAUAAUAAGGCUAGCGAAGAUCCUAAACAUUCUACCAUAUUGACCGUAAACGACUUUUUAGUAAAGAAACCGAACAUUAAAAUUCAGUUGGGAUGUAGCGAUGCGGUAACAUCGGUACGAACUCCCGAAGAACACAAGCAAUAUGUAAUUCAUCCAUCAAUUUUCAAAUUGAUGAAGCUGCAUCCAAAAACUAUUCUUCCAUCUAAACUAAUAUCGACGAACUGUGAUCCUAAAGUCCAUAUUUCGAACUUGAACAUUGCUAAAUCAGAUUUAAAAAAUAUACCUUUACAAAACGAUAUCAUUAAUACUGUUGAUAAAAGCAGUAGCGAAAAUCUAGUUGGAAAUAAUAAAAUAGUAGAAAAGGAAAUUCCGCAAAUAACAAAACAAAUCGUAAACAACACAAAUAUUCAAGAAAAAAUUCGGAGUUCGGGGAUUUGGUAUCCGGAACUUGUUAAAGCUAUGCUAUCAAGUGGAAGCAUUAAAAGAAAUCUGACAGAGGAACCUCACUGUAGUAAGAAAAUCAAACUGAUUACAGAUAUAGCAACACCUUCAACCUCCAAUAUAGCUAAUAAUGAAAGUAAUGUUAGUGAUGUCAGUAGAUCUAGUGAACACAUACCUCAUGAAUCAAACAGUAAAUGUGAUACUACUAUCCCAAAUGUGAUAGCUUGCCAUGAUAACGUCGCGACUAAUACAACAUUGCAAGUACCUCAAGAACAACAAUUAGAUAACAGUUUGACAGAAAACUCUCUAAUUAGUGAUGAAAACUUAAUUAAUUCUUCACAUAACAAUGAUAAAUCACCAUCGGUUACUGAAGAUGAGACGAACGAUUCAGAUGAAGAUUACGUUCCUGAUUAUUUUGAAUACAGUUUAUUAGAAACUGUUGAAGAACAGGCGACUUACGCGUGUAACACUUGCAACAAGAUGUUCGACAAAAAACGUAAUCUUAAGUGUCAUAGACAACGUAUGCAUAAGACAUGUAUAGUUUGUAAGAAAAUAUUUAGAUCACAAAUCUCUCUUACUUCUCAUAUGAGGGCUAGAUGUCACAGAACAAUAAUAAGAAAUCAACCGAUAUUAUGCUUGAAGAGGUGUGAUGAUAUGGUUGAAAAUGUAUUAAAUGUAACAUCAGACAGCGCCUUUGACGUAUUUUAUAUAUCCGAUGAAGAUGAACAGCGAAUAACUAAUCAAGAUCCACAACUAAUGACUGCGGCCGAGCACAAACAUAUAUGUGCAUUAUACCAAAAAUAUCACAACGCCGUUCCUUCUUUCUAUAAAACAACAGGAUGUCAGGAAGAUAUUGAUUUGUAUACAGUAAGAAUGGGAAAAGGCCAAGCUACAUUGUCAAACAUGUAUCUAGUACUUAAACAUUAUCGUAUUUCCGUUAAUUUAACGUCCGGAGAUUCUAUGAAAGUAGAAAUAAACAGUGCAUCGGAGGAAUCGGUUCCAACCCCUGGAAUAAGUGAUUGGACGGGCUACCCCAUCAACAGAACGUCGUGCGAAAUUGUAUCUACCAAAACAGUUGAUGGACGACAAAUUGUUCCUAAGCCAUCCUUACUAACAAAUCAGAAUGUCAAAACGAAUCAAAUGUUAAAGGAAACGCUGGAUAUACAGGCGAGAUCAACAAUUACUCCAAAUACUUCACCAAUCAUAUUGAAUACAUUAAAUACAUAUCAGCAAUUACAGCGACCAACAACUUUAUCGGAUAAUCAUUUUCAAAUACAGAUAACAAACUCAAAUAUAACCCCUGUGUUACAUACCGCAAACAACCAAAUAAGGCCAAGAUCAAGCCAAAUUACAGAUAUAAGUUCAAAUCAACAUCCGCAGUUAGUUACUCCCAUCGUAACUCACACCAACAUACCACAAACGCAUACUUUAACAGCAAACCUGAAUCCUUCAAUAAUGCCAGUUCAGCAAAUUCCUUUAAUAUUUCCUCAAACAUUAAUACGAACUCGUGAUGGUUACAUAUUAUCGACAAAUCCUUCGUUUACAACGUCAAAUGUACAAACUGUCCCUUCCAAUCGGAAUCCUACCGUAUUAAGCACUAUUAGUCAUACUAUACCAAACCAAACUAUAACCUUUACUUCAGCAAAUCAGGCAAUAUUUAGACCUUCAAAGCGUAAUGAUUUGCCUAAUCAAAAUGUGACUGUUAUGCCCAAUUCCGUAUCAGCACAACCUCCCCGUUUUACUGUUAUGCGAUCAUCCGUUCCAAAUACUCCAGCUAAGUCACCUGUACAAAAGAAAAGUAGUUCUAAAAACAUUACAGAUCAAAACUUAGCAAGUCCAGUUAAUAAUCAUGCGAAUAUAAAACCUGCAAGUCUUAGUAAUGCUAGCUCUAAGCAUGUCGAACCAAUACCUACCAUUCCUGAAGGAAAAUCAAGCUAUUUAAGGGUUAAAGCACCGUGGGAACUGAAAUAAUAAAUCUAUGUUUUGAAGACUUAGCGCUUAAGACAGUCAAUGUUAAGUUAGAUAUAUUAAGCUUUAAAUUGUGUAUCUUUAGUAUUGUAAAUACAACAGAUUUGUCAUUUCCAAAAUGGGAAGUUUUGGACUGUUCACUAACUUAGUGUAAGAUAAAGUUAGUUAUAAGCAAUUCUGUUAAUGAUAAUUAUUUUGUUACUCCUUUGGUUAAAUAAAAUUAAUAAGAUCUACAGUCCUUUUUAGACGUUAUGAUGAUUGACAUGAUUUGAUGGAAAUCCUGGUAAAUAGUGAGUUGGUAAAGUGAUACUAAUAAAACAGUGUUUUUUAAUU